GAGAGCUGUGUUUUACUUUUCUCUGGUUUAUGGACACUUUCUUUGUUGUUGCUUUUAACUAUAAGUAAAGCGGACGCGUUUUAUGCCUCUUUAAAGUGUAUUUUAAGAAACUUUCUUUAAAAAAAUGUAACGCACAAGAGGCUGUGUGUUUCCAACGCCUGGACUUAUUCAGACGGCUAACCUCUCUGGGUUUGAGGUUUGAACGAUGCGAGCGAGUGCAACGUUACUCGGAUUUAAUUUUUGUUUUUCAGUUUAUCGAAAAGAAAAUGAGGAAAGGACGUGAGUUUUACUCGUCAUUGGAAACUACAAGGGCUUCAACUGUCAGUGUUGACGGUGGUUUCUAAAAGGACAUGAGGAGGAAAUGACACAAGAAGACGCAUAAAGACAAAGGAUCAGUUAUAAGCAUAAACGUCGUGGCGCUCCUGCUUUUACUUACCAUUUCUGGAUUUAUUGACAACAGAUUACGUGGCGUUGCCUGUCUGCCUUUGUGAGGAAAUCCCUGAUGCAUUCAUUCGCCCCCUCUCAACAUGCUGGCUCUGAGGCUGGAGCAGGGCAGGCGAGGAGGUGGUGAAGUUGAUCGCCUGCAGAAAGGGGCCACUGUGGCUUGGCAGGGUCGCCAGUCAGGGAGGCCCCCUUCUCACGAGCAGCGCAUUAACAUCAGGGAGAAGAUCUCGCAGUGGGAGGGUCGCAGUCAGCAGGGCAGCAGCCAGGAUGCAGGGGUGAAGGUGCAUUCUCCAACUGUAUCCCGAACUCUGUCUGGUGAUGUCCUGGGCAACGGGUGUUCCAAUGAGGGAUCGAGAGGGGGGCUUCAAGUAAAACCUAGCCUCUCCAAAUCUACGAGUUUGGGCUUAGAUUUUCGGGAAUCCCCAGCACAAACUGGACACGGUCUGGUUGGUAGGAAGUCAGAACCUCUGCAGAAAUCUUCCACUGGAUUUGCAACCCCAGGAAGUAAACCACUUGCAAGCUCCAAACAAAUCCUCAGUGCCAAUGGCGACCAAAAAACAGAUCGCAUUGAAGUAGCUUCUAAACCUCUACCUCUGUCAACUGAUGACCAAGAAGACAACAUGCCCGCGGGAAACUUCUAUACUUCUCGGGGUUUCUGGCGUAAGCUUGAGGGGGACAGACUGCUCUGGGAGAAAGGCAGGAGUUGUUCAGGUGAAGCUCAGCCUCCUCCCAAACCUCUGCGGACAUUCGAGUAUCAGGGAGCCAACAACAACAACACGGGGAACACAGUACGAUGGGACAGCAGAUCCCCUCACAUCAACCGCUCCAAUAUGAGGAGCAGGAGGGUAGCCCAACCACCCAGCUUUCCACCUCCUCCAUGUCCUGAAGCAAAGACUAAUGGGAUUUCGAGGCAUAAAAAGAACAGGAAGUCCUUUGAGUAUGAGGAUGCGGCGCGUCUGACGGCGAAGCAGGGCACGCCGGGGGGCGAGGAUAGACACUCAGGCCUUUACCAUGCCUACUCUGAUGACAAUAUUUACGAGGACAUUGUUUGUGAAGUGACCAGAGAUAACCCCUAUGAGGAUGUCAAGCUAUCCCCAACGUGUCUCCCUAUUGCCAGGCCAAAGCUGCCCCCUAAACCCCAAACAUUGCACAGCUAUGCUGGCAAAGUGGAGAGGAAAAAGUUCCAAGGGUCAGCAACAUCCAAAUCCACAACACUUGCUGAUACUCCCAAACCAGCAACACCGCGGCGCACAAGCACUCAAAAAAUACAAAGAACACCUCAGUACGUCAACAAGAUUGAGACCAUUUUUGAUGACAAGCGAGGGAGAAAGAGGGUAAAGAACCAGGUCUCAGUGCGAGAGGAGACCAGUGGGACAGAGAGCGAUGCUGAGGACAACACCAAAGCAGGCUCCAGGAGAUCAGUUUACAUCCAGUCUACACUGAAACGUCGGCCAGCCUACCGCACCCUGGAGAGAGACCUGAUCCAGCUGCAGCAGCAGCAGCAGCUUUUCCAGAUCUUUGUGGUGGUGUCGCUGAGAAAAGGCUCCCCAGGAAACACCUACUCCCCUGAAAUCACGCAGCAAUUCCCCAAAAUGUUUGAGAAGUCCUCCCGGCUCUCCAGAGAAGCUGAGGAUCAGCUGAAGGUCAUUCCCAAGUUCUGCUUCCCUGACUCACACAACUGGAAGCCCUCUGCACACAUGCCAAGUGAGACCUUCUCCUUUGUCUUGACGGGAGAGGACGGCAGCCGCUGGUUUUGUUACUGCCGUAAGAUCUUGCCUAUUGGAAAAGGGAAGAGGCUUCCUGAGGUGCACUGCAUUGUCAGCAAACUGGGAUGUUUCAACCUCUUUGCAAAGAUUUUGGAGGAAGUGGAGAGGCGCAGGGAGAUUUCCCCAGCGCUGGUUUACCCUUUUAUGCGUAGCGUGAUGGAGGCCCCUUUUCCAGCCCCUGGACGCACAGUCACUGUCAAGAGUUUCCUCCCUGGCUCUGGGAAUGAGGUACUGACGUUGUGUCGACCGGUGGACUCCAGACUGGAGCAUGUGGACUUUGACAGUCUGCUGCAGUGUCUCAGUGUGGGGAAUCUCCUGCAGGUGUUUGCCUCCCUGCUGCUUGAGAGGAGGGUCAUCUUCGUCGCUGACAAACUCAGCGUGUUGUCUCGGUGUAGCCAUGCAGUGCUGGCGCUGCUGUACCCCUUCACCUGGCAGCAUACCUUUGUGCCUGUGCUUCCCGCCAGCAUGCUGGACAUCAGCUGCUCCCCCACCCCAUUCCUCAUUGGAGUGCUGGCACCCUGCCUGCCACAGCUGCUGGAGCUGCCCAUCGAGGAAGUGCUCAUAGUGGAUCUGUGUGCAGACAAGUUUGUCGUUCAGCUGGGCGACGAAGACUGCAUCCUGCCCAGUAAACUGCAGGCAGCACUGCAGCAGAUCCUGGAGGAGAGGGAAGACAUCCUGAGACAGGAGGAUGGAGACAGUAGUGGAGGUCAGCAGGCUGACCUGAGUUCUCUGGUGUCGGAGGGUUUCGCCCGGUUCUUCGUGGAGCUGGUGGGCCACUAUCCUCUCCACAUGGUUGAGUCCUCCAAUGGAAGCAGAGAGCUGCAGCGCGACAGUUUCCGUAAAUCUCACCCCUCCCGUGGAGUCCGCCAGUUCCUGCAGCUCUUCAUGGACACUCAGAUGUUUGCCGGCUUCAUUCAGGACAAAGAGCUGCGCAAGGGAGGAGGAAGAGGUCUCUUUGAGGUCAGAGUGGCUGAGUAUCUGGAUUCGUACCCUGAGCCGGAGCCAAGUGGCGUGAACAAAUUUCUUAAAGGACUGGGGAACAAGAUGAAGCUCCUCCAAAUUAAAUGAAAACAGACCAACACCUGGCUUUAAAAAGAAAGACUUUGUAAUUACAAACACGACACUUGUUGCUGCUGGACUUGCUGAGGUAAUUAAUGUAGAUGAGAGUCUUUUGUUUAAGAUGUGAAUGGGACGGUGAGAGGUAAGGUUUGAGAGGACCAGGUUAAUCUCAUAGCCACGUCUGCACAUCAGGGCGGUGCACUUUUUAUCGGUUGAAAACUGGAAACGCUAUUUCUCUUUUAGCAUUGUUUUAUGAAACAUUAAGGACGAGGCACUGUGUCUUUAGAAAACUACAAAAAUAACAUUCCAGCUACUUAACCUCAGUUAUCAACUUGAACAUGAGUGGUUGUAACCAUUUUCUCUUGGACUGGAAACAUGUUUACUUCACAUACAAUGUGUGCAUUUUACAGUAAAUGCAGCUUUAGUGUCAAAUCUCAAUCUUGUAAGUACUUUACAAUUGAAAAUAAUCUUCAUGGUUCCAACCUGAUGCAUGUUUUUACACAUAUAAUGUAAUUCCAUUAUCCAUGUCGCAUUCCCUUUAGCACAAAUAUUUUGUUUACUGUGCUUCAAUUUGUUUGCAUUUCAGAUCAAGUAGGUUUACUAACUCUGAUCAGAGUAUUUCAAAGUGUUAAGACUCCACAUUAAUCAACAUUAAUAUUUACAUAUUUUCUUCUGUCUUUUUUCCUUGUUAACUGGAAUUGUAAAUAUUUUUUACAUUUUGCACAAUGUUGAGAACCAAUGUACAGUAUUUGGAAUAUUUUUGUAUUAAAGCAUGGUGAGUCCUACAUUAAAUGGGUUCCCAAGGACAGCA